AUGGCGGAUGAAAAAGGUGAAAUGACGAAAGUGUAUACCAUUGACGAUGCAGUCCGAAAAGUGGGAUUUGGGAAAUUUCAGCAUUUCGUGUUGUUUCUGGCGGGAAUGGGAUGGUCUCUGCUGGCAUCCAUGAUCAUGCUGUUCGUCUUCGGAGCGGUGAGCGCUGCAUCUCCGUCCUAUACGUGGAUGGUCAUCUUCAGGGGAAUGACGGGUUUCGCCAUGGGAGGGAUCGGCCAAGGACUAACACUGAGCGCAGAAUAUAUGCCACCUAAAUCUCGGGCAUUUGGUGGAUACUACUUGGCCUUUUACUGGUCUGUGGGUACUGUGGCGAUAGCACUUGCUAAUUGGGCCGUCAUGGCCACUCUGAACGACUGGAGAGUAUUGCUGUUAGUGACAGCCAUACCAGCUUUCAUAGUUCUCCUCUCUCUCAAGUGGUAUCCGGAGAGUGUUCGCUUCUACCUAAUCAGCGACCAAUAUGACAAGGCAGUUGCCACCUUGGAGAAAAUGGCGAAGAUGAACAACAAGGAGUUACCUGAGGGAAGGCUCAUCCAUGUUGACACGGUCGAAUCCAGGGGUCGGGUCACGGAUUUAUUUCGUCCACAGCUCAGAGUGACCACCAGUCUCUUCUGCGUCAUGUGGUUUUCGAUUUGUUUCUCAUAUUAUGGGGUGUCGUUCGUCUCGCCUUCUCUAAUCAAGAUAGGAAAUGUAUAUGAGGGGAAUUUAAAUAUACUCUUCACUCUUUUCACUCACUCCAGAGUCCCCCGCACCUGCCACUAUUUGUGGCUCAGUACCCCCAAAGUGGUUGCAAAGCUUAAUACAUCACAGACUGACGUGGUGCCAUGUGAGAUAUUGACAACAGAUAAAUUCGUAGAUAUGUUAUGGACCAGUGCUUCCGAAUUACCAGGUCUUGUAGUCUUUACCAUACUCGUGAACAAAAUGCGAAAUAAAACUCUUGUGAUGUAUGCUUGUAUCAUUUCUGGUUCCUUCAUAUUCCUGAUACUCAUUGAUACCAAUUUACGCUGGCUCAUCAAUUUGUUUCAGUUUGUAGCAAGAGCAAUUGUUAUUUCGGUUUUCCAGCUUGUUUACAUCAUGACAAGUGAGGCCUUUCCAACCCCCGUCCGUGCCGUUGCUAUUGGCUUGGGUACAGCGUUUGCCAGGCUGGGUGGAUUAACGGUUCCGUUCGUUUCUCAGGUAUGCUUUGUUUUAACGUAA